AUGAGAAAUGAAAUCAAUUAUAAAACAGAGAAAAAAUUAAAGAGACAAGACAAAGAAAUUUAUCCUGGUUCGGAUCUCAAUGUGAGUCCUAAUCCAGCUCUCCCUCAAGAAGUUUCUCCACUGUCAAAAGGAGAGAGAAGGCUUGAAGCUGGUGCAAUGGUGCUUGCUGAUCAUGGAGUCGUCUGCAUUGAUGAAUUUGACAAGAUGAAUGAUCAAGAUCGUGUUGCUAUUCAUGAGGUUAUGGAGCAGCAGACUGUAACUAUUGCUAAAGCUGGUAUCCAUGCAUCGCUCAAUGCUCGUUGCAGUGUGGUUGCUGCUGCAAAUCCCAUAUACGGAACUUAUGACCGCUCAAUUACUCCAACCAAAAAUAUUGGACUUCCAGACUCUUUACUUUCUCGUUUCGAUUUACUAUUUAUUGUACUUGAUCAAAUGGAUGCUGAUAUUGACCGGUACAUCUCAGAGCAUGUGUUGCGUAUGCAUCGGUUUCGUUCUGCAACUGAUGGGGGUGAAGCAGCCCUUGGUGGGGGUUCAAGAUAUGGUAGAGAAGAGGAAACAGAUAAUGAUUCAUCUGUGUUUGUGAUGUAUAAUCGAAUGCUGCAUGGAAAGAAAACAGAUAGAGGUCGUAAGCGUGAUACACUCACUAUCAAAUUUCUGAAGAAGUACAUUCACUAUGCAAAGCAUAGGAUUCAGCCAGAACUUACUGAUGAGGCAUCUGAGCAAAUUGCAACUGCAUAUGCAGAACUUAGAAAUGCUGGUUCAAAUGCUAAGACUGGAGGGACACUUCCAAUUACUGCCAGAACCUUAGAAACCAUAAUUCGUCUGUCUACUGCUCAUGCCAAAUUGAAGUUGAGCAGAAAGGUUUUACAGUCAGAUGUCGAAGCUGCACUGAAAGUUUUAAAUUUUGCCAUAUAUCAUAAAGAAUUGACUGAAAUGGAGGAGCGUGAGCAUGAAAAGGAGAAAGAAACAGAGAGCAAACGCAGAGCUGAUCCUCUUGCUUCAUAUUUUCACAGCCCUACAAUCGAUGCCAUGGAUGUAGAUGACCCUCCAACCCAAUCUGCUGGUGAACUUUCUCCAGAGAGAAUAGAAGCAUUCAAUUCUUUAUUUGACCAGCAUAUGCGGGCCAAUCACUUGGAUACAUUAUCCAUUGACGGAAUAGAGGAGGCUGUCAACUCCAGGGCCGAUGUCCGCUACACAAGGGCAGAGAUAAAUGUCCUAUUAGAGAAACUACAAGAUUCUAACCGAGUGAUGAUAGCUGCCGAUGGAAUGGUGCAUAUGAUAUCUUGAGUUGGGUACUAAAUG